CUCCCCAUCCUGAAAUGGGUUGAAGAGACGAUCGCUGACGUCAGUCCAACCCCAACAAAAGAUACCGACACCCCUUCCGAUCAACGAUGUCAUGUCAACUGCUUGCUGCUUGCUGACAGCCGUUAGACUGGCCUCGCCUAAAAGGUUCAGCAUUUCUCGGCGCUUUUCCCCAGGAAGUGCCAAUACUCAUUAUAGAUAUCAUCAGGCAAGAUGCGGUCCCUUUCGUUGCUCCUACUAACCUUGGCCGUGUUGGCUUCAGUGUCGGCCAAUCUCCAUCCAACCAAGCAAUCCCUCUCCUUGGCCGACCUGAGGAGGACCCACAAUCAACAACAGUUCACCAGAGCUUUACAACAACAAGAUGGCUCCAGUAGUUUGAAAGACGUCACCAGUGUGAUCCGGGGUGGAGCCAGAGGCAAGCCCGCUCCGCCUCCUCCCCAAAAAGCAAAUGUCCUUGAUUCCCUUCCCGUCAAGGGCAUUGCAGGUGUCGUGGUCAUGGCCCUGAUCGAGACAUUUCUCAAAAAGUUUUUUGCCGUGACAAAAAUCAAUUUUCCCUCCCAAUUGGGCGGCUGUAUUGUCCUCUUUGCCGUGGCUGUCAUUGCUCAGAAGAUUCAUCCUGGUUGGGGUGAUGCUAUUCAAGCCUACUUGGAACCAGGAGCGGCCUUGUUGGCCAAAUGGCUCCCUGCAUUUUUUGUCCCUGGACUGGCCAUGUUGCCAUUGGCUCCUUCCAUUGGAAAUGGAGCAGAUAUCGCCAUGGCAUUUGGUGUGGUAGUGCUCGGCUUGGUGUAUUCCAUGAGUACCAUUGGAUUUACCGUAUUGGCAUUGCGAAAGGCUCAAGGGGCUAGCAAUGCCGAGCCAACCGCCGUGACGGCAGCUCCAGCGAAAAAUAAAAACAAGGCCAAAAAGAACGGCAAAGCUCCUGCCCCUGCCCCCAAGCCAUUUUCCGAUGACACCUUGAAGGGACUCACCAUUGGUUGUGCCGCAACAUUGCUGGCCUGUGUUGUGGCUACUCGCCUCAAUAUGGGAACUAUUGCCACUCCUUUGCAAACUACAGCUCUGAUUUUGAGUACUCUGGCAGGAUUUGUGUGGGCAGUUCAGUUGCCUGCUGGUUUUACCAAAGUUGUUCAUCCCCUGGUCACCAGCUCGGCAAUCACGCUAGUGGCCGUUCAGUUGAUUGCCAUGGGAGUUGGAUCCAACUUGAUUGAAGUGUUGAAAAGUUACAAAGUUGGAAGUCUGAAUCCAUUGGAAAUGGGUGCUGGUGAUGUGCUGUUGUGGUUGCUGGGACCUUCCGUGGUAUCCUUUGCUGUGUCCAUGUAUUCUCGAAAGCAACUUGUGGCGGAUAACUUUUUGGUCAUUCUCACUGGCGUCAUGGUGGCCAGUGUGGGCGGUCUUUUUGGAACAGCUGCAUUUGUGCGGGCCAUCAAUUUGGGAGGUAGCGAUGGAACGCUGGCCCGCCUUUCAUUGUUGCCCCGAAACGUAACAACCGCUCUCGCCAUUGUCAUUGCAUCGAUUAUUGGAGGUGACUUUUCAGUGACGGCUGUCGCCGUGGUGUUCACAGGUGUAUUCGCAGCAACCUACGGAAAAACUGUCCUGAAAGCAUUCGGUAUCAAUGAUCCUAUUACUAGGGGCUUGACAAUGGGAGGUGCUGGACAAGGACUGGGGGUUUCGGCAACGGCGGAUGAACCAGAUGCUUUCCCCUUUGCUGCCAUUGCUAUGGUGCUGACGGCGGUGUCUUCGACAACCCUGGUGAGCAUUCCUCUUACAAGGGAUCUACUCAUUAACCUUGCCACGGGAGGAACAUCAGCCUAGCUAUCUACAUGAUGUACUCUGUAAGCGAGGGCGCUGCAUUCCGAUGGCAGUGAUUUGCAACACCCCUCAGCUGAUGUAAUCGAGUUUUGUUGAACUGUUGAAGCCGUAAGCUGUAGAAGCAUGACGGACUCAGUACGUUCGAGACGCGGCAGUCACUCUUCUGCAAGCUAGCUAGAUACACGCGUGAAAGUGUGGUCCGGGAGCUUGGCUGUAGCGCUGGAUUCUCUUUCUACUUGGCCACUAGCUAGCUAGUUAGGGACUUAUCCGCUGACUUCUAGUACCAUACCAAUGCCGGUACGCAGCUACUGUAGCCUCCAGCUCGGAUUUUAUCUUGCUUUUUACGUUAUUCCUACGUACCACCAGACCAGCUCAUCAUAGGUUUCCUUUUAAAACAUCUUCCCAUCUGUAUCCGGUUUGAGAGUGAUCAAUCGAGGCCAUUGGCUGGAGGAGCCUGUGAAGCCGACCCUUCGAAAGAAGAGUACGCUGUAGCAACCUCCUCACCCACACUGAGCCCUCCAAAAUAGGGAUUGCCAUGAAGAUUCAACUUCUCGAGCUGUACAAGC